UCUUUGGAAAGAUACUGUAAACAUCACAUCAUCAAGACAGGGUGUGUGAAGUGCUCUCCCAUCUCUGAUCAAGAGCCUGCUCUCAUAUUCCUACCAGUCUCGUCUCUGUCAUAACCCUAACAAACCACGCCUGUUACUCACUUACCCCUCUUGUCUUGCCUUUUGUUCCUAACCAUCACGUGGAAAUCACUCACAGCUGCCUCUCAUUAGCCCUUUAGUACCUGUUUAUCACAUCAGCCACAGUCUGGUCAUUAACACCAGUCUGCCUGUUGGCCUUUUGCAGUCCUUUUUGUUUCCCUCCUUCUGCUUUAAUAGUAAAGUCGCUUUUGUUUUCUCGAAUGCCUUUUAUCCCUUUCAACGUGAUAGAAUGACCAGACUCCACAAAUUGCCUAGCAGGUGGAUGUCUUAAGCCAUGAGUCUCCAGGGAGCCCCAACAAAAAACACCAAUGGGGUGGCUAGAUCAGACAGCAAGAUGAGUGCCAAGGCCCUUUAUGAGCAGAGGAAAAAGUACUCCAACUCCAACAUCAUCAUGCAUGAAACGUCCCAGUAUCAUGUGGAGCACCUCUCCACCUUUGUGAUGGAUAAAACCGAGUCUAUUGCCACAAUUGAUGAUGCCAUCAAGAAGCUUAUCUUUCUUGACUCCAAAGACAAGAUUUGGACCCAGGAGAUGCUGUUGCAGGUUACUGACAAGGCCAUACGCCUCUUGGAUUGUGACUCACAGGAGGAGCUGGAGAACUUCCCACUGUGCACGGUGCACAUGUGCCAGACGGUGCUGAAUCAGACUCGCUACCCCUCAGUGCUGCUGCUUGUGUGCCAGGACAAUGAGCAGCAACGGCCCGACAUCCAUUUCUUCCACUGUGACGAGGUGGAGGCUGAAAUGGUGCAUGCUGACAUCGACAGUGCCCUCGGAGACAACAGACUCGGCAAGAAGAUGCGGCCGCAGACCCUGAAGAUCAAUCAAGAGAAGAUGAAACGCCACAGGGAAACCAUCAUCCCCCCCUCGGCCUCCAAAGACCAGGCCCCGGCUGUCAAGGGCAGAGUGGCUGCCACGAACAUGAAAGAUAUCGAUAAACGGAGUUCUGUUCAACAAGACCAGGAGUCUAAUGAAAUGCUGGCACAGCGCAUUGAAAAGGAUGUGCAAAUUCUCAACUGUGCUCUGGAUGACAUUGAAAUUUUUGUGGCGCGGCUGCAGAAGGCCGCUGAGGCAUUUGCUCAGCUUAACCAGCGGAACAAGAGCAAGAAGGGUAAGAAGAGAGGCCCAGCAGAGGGCAUGCUGACCUUACGAGCCAAACCACCAUCAGAGGCCGAAUUCAGAGAUAGCCUGCAGAAGAUAAAACUUGCCUUUAACCUGCUGGCCAAACUAAAGAAGCACAUCCAGAAUCCCAGUGCAGCUGAGUUGGUUCACUUUUUGUUUGGUCCUUUGGAGCUGGUGCUACAAAGCUGUGGGAGUCCAGAUCUGGCCCGGUCCAUCACCUCCCCUCACCUGUGCCUGGAUACUGUUGAAUUUCUGAGGGGACAUCUUAGCCCCAAGGAAAUGACUGUCUUUGAGCUCCUGGGAGAUUACUGGACCAGGCCCAGAGCGGAUUGGCCGAAAGAUCAGCUCGCCCCUCCCUACUUUCCCAAGUUUCGCAAUGGCUGGGAGCCUCCUGCAGAGAUAUUCCGGACUUCACCAUGGGAAACAGAAGGCUCUACCCAAGCUCUCCCGUCAGCCAAUCAUUCAGUUUACAGGAAGCCAUCCGAUGAGUUUUAUGGUUCACCGCCCUACAGUCCCUCCAACGGGAUGUAUGACAGCGCACUCCAUGCACGCAAAUUUGCCAAGAUCCGCUACCACUUUUUGGCUCGCAACGCCAAUGAGCUGUCAGUACUGCAGGACGAAGUGCUGGAGGUGUUAGAGGAUGACAAGCAGUGGUGGAAGCUCCGGAACCGCAGUGGCCAGUCGGGCUAUGUGCCGUACAACAUCCUGGACUUGGUGAAGCUCGAGGAGCCCCCUAGCAUGUCAGAACCCCUGUACAGCCAGCCUGGCCAGUCUUACCGAGGCCCUGCCUCCCCCAGCCCUAUAGGUCUUGGGGACAGUUUCGACACAGAGAGAAACCCCCGGGACAAACUUGCACGGAAUCAGCACAUGGACGUGGUGAACGAUGAGCUGCUGAAGAGAAUCACCAUCAACAAGACACAGCCUCCGGCGCGAAACUUUCGCGUCGAGCGGCCAUCCAGCCACUCUGUCCCACUGAACUUCGAGUCGCCCCCGGAACAGGUCACCACAUGGCUGAACGCCAUGGGUUUCACCAAACCGACCGUGGACUGCCUGGGCAUCCUUACCGGAGCCCAGCUCUUUUCCCUCAACAAGGAGGAGCUGAAGGCGGUGUGUGGGGAUGAGGGCGCCAGGGUCUACAGCAAGAUCACCGUGCAGAAAGCCCAGCUGGAGAAGAGCCGUGGAAGCUCUGAGCUCCAGGAGAUCAUGAAAAGGCAGCAAGAGAAAAUUAACUCAUCCGUCCAGAACUGAGGCUGGCCAGUUACCCACACUGCUGCAGUCAUCACAUCAUCAUUACAAUUGCAUCAUGGACCAUCUCACCCAAACCUCCACCUCUCCACAAAAUAUUGUCUUUUAUUUUUUCUUUUCCUCCUGGACCUUCACUCUUCCAGUUAGUUCUAUUUGCUAGAUGCAGUUACACACUAAUAUAUUGUGAUAUAUUAUGUUUUUAAAUUGUAUAUUUAUUUUAUUUUUAUUAUUUGCAUAUUUCUCAUUUUAAUUUGCAUUAUUUCCAUUUCACACUUUUCCUGCCUUUUUGACAUUUUAACAUUCAAUUUCUGUGUCUCUGGCCUUGUAUAUGAGAUGUAUGAUGCGUGUAUGAUGUGUGUAUGAUGCGUGUAUGAUGUGUGUCCAUCUUGAGUAUGUCACAGUGAUUUUCUUGUGGGGUAUCAAUUAGAACUGAUUUAGACUACAUCUGUAUAAAUACCUUUUUAAACACCGGGCUAUAUACAUGUAAAUAUUGCGGAAUCAUUUGUGGGACAUUUAUAUAUAAAUCAUUACUGUCACAUUCAUAGAUAAAUUUACAUCUCAGAUCAUGUGGUUUUAUACCAGUGAUGUUCCAGAGAGAAAAGAAAGGUUUCUUCUGUGAGUAGCAGACAUCAACAUCUGAAGACAAGACAAAAUGACAGAAAUGGGAAUGUAAAGUCGACGUCUAGCAAUAUCAUGAUCAAUUCAAAAGCAUCUUUGACACUAGACCCUGGUUCAGACUCUCUUUGCUAUGUUUAGAUUACCCAUAAAAAAAUUGUACAUGAUGCAGAUUUGUUAGAAGGGAAAAGCAUUAAGAUUUCCAUCAUAAUAACCUUAACCUUGUGGCUGGGUGGUGAAAUGGAGCAGCCUGGUUUAAAGUCGGUUCAGUUUUGAAGACCCAGUUCUCCAUCUCUGGAGAGUUCUGUGGGACAAGUGAGCAAAUCUAGAUAUUUAUUUCAUUUACCUUAUCUCAGUUUCAGAAUAGGAAGUAAAAAUACCAGUAAAUUAGCUCAGCAAUCAUUAGUAUAAUUUCCCUGUCUGAAACCUCACAGAACAGACAUUGAUGCUCUAGUUUAAGACUAAGUAGGACAUAAACAUGGUCUAUAUAGUCUCUACCCUGUGAUGCCCAAUGAUCCUUAGCUCCACUAGGGAUGCAUAGUAUCUAGUUGGGGCAUAUGAUGGCACAUUAAUAUUCUUAUCCUAAAAUGGUCUUUAACGAUGUACUGAAUCAAGUACUUAAUGUAUAUAGGUGUUGUGGAGAAUGGUGAAUAAAUACAAGCAGGGUUAACCUA